AUGUCCUCCCCCCGCGCCUCCUCCCCCUCCUCCCCCACAUUCUUCCCAUCAUUCUUCUCAACCUUCUCCCUCCCUCCUCCCCCCCCCCCUCCAGGAGGCGCCCGCACCGCCAUCCGCCGCCGUGCUGCUGCCGACCAAAAGGAGAAGAUCGCCAAUGCCAGACCCAACAGCACCCGCGCUGCGGGCGCGGGAGGCUCGAGCAGCACCAUGCUGAGGCUGUAUACCGACGAGAGCCCCGGGCUCAAGGUUGAUCCGGUUGUUGUGCUGGUGUUGAGCUUGGUGUUUAUUUUUAGUGUGGUUGCUUUGCAUAUUAUCGCCAAGAUUACGAGGAAAUUCUCGAGCUAA